AUGAUUUUUGUGAAAGCGGAAAAGACGUCCGUCAGCGCCGGCGCGUCCUUCCGCGGGGACCGCCGUGUCCUUCUCCCGGGGGCCGGCGGAGCCCCGGCGGGGGGGGCGGGCGGGGAUGGCGCGGAUGGGGCGCCCGCGGCCCCCGGCGAGGCGCUGACCGACCGGCCGCCCGCCCGCCCCGGGCCCGGGCCCGGCCAUGGCUGCGGCCCGGCGGCGGACGGGAAGCAGGACUACAGGACACUUUAUAUUCAGGAAUACGUAAAAAACAGCAAAGUGGAGUCAAGUACAUGCAGCUUCAUGGGCUUGGAAGAUCACCUGGGGCAUGACCUAGGCCACCUUCAUGUGGAAAGCCCCGUGACACAGAUACGUGCCAUUGUACCUUGGCCAAUGGUGGAGAAACCAACAAUGGAUAGAAUUAACUCUAGGAAGGAGGACGCUGCAAAGGAGAUGCCCGAAGAGCCUGGAAGCUCCAGUUGUGACUCAGAAGAAAGCACAAAUUCGGACAACGAACCAGAGAGGUCGAGUAGCUUGGCAGUCGAUUCUUGCUUGUUAACGAAAGUCCACAGACAGCUAUGUAGGUCUCCCUGCCUAGAACCUCACAGACUCAAACGCGGUGAAAUCUUGCAAGAUCUUAAGGCAGAGGAAGUCCCCACAAUCCUUAAGGGAGUGACGAAGCCCCCUGAUGUAGUGAAAGAAUACCAAACCAAACUGGAGUUUGCACUGAAAUUAGGCUACUCUGAAGAACAAGUUCAGCUUGUGCUCAAUAAACUUGGUACCGACGCUUUAAUCAAUGAUAUCUUGGGAGAACUUGUCAAACUUGGAAAUAAAAGUGAAGCCGAUCAGACUGCUAAUUCUGCUAACGGUAGCGUAAUGCGGGAAGCGUCCUCUCUCGAAUACCAGAGGUCUGAAUCUCCGCUUCAGGAGGUUGCGACAGAUGAUGGCGAUAACCUGAGGCCGAUAGUUAUUGAUGGCAGCAACGUGGCGAUGAGCCAUGGGAAUAAAGAAGUAUUUUCCUGUCGAGGAAUAAAAUUGGCUGUAGACUGGUUCUUGGAAAGAAGCCACAAAGACAUUACAGUGUUUGUUCCAGCCUGGAGGAAGGAGCAGUCGAGACCUGAUGCUCUCAUCACAGAUCAAGAGAUUUUGCGAAAACUGGAGAAGGAGAAAAUUCUGGUGUUCACUCCAUCCCGCAGAGUACAGGGAAGAAGAGUAGUGUGCUAUGAUGACAGAUUUAUUGUGAAGUUGGCUUUUGAAUCGGAUGGGAUCAUCGUAUCCAACGACAACUAUAGAGAUCUCGCUAAUGAAAAGCCAGAAUGGAAGAAGUUCAUAGAUGAACGAUUGCUGAUGUAUUCAUUUGUCAAUGACAAAUUCAUGCCGCCCGAUGAUCCUCUCGGCCGCCACGGUCCGAGCCUGGAUAACUUUCUGAGGAAGAAGCCUGUCGUCCCUGAACAUAAGAAGCAGCCGUGUCCAUACGGGAAGAAGUGUACCUACGGACAUAAGUGUAAAUAUUACCACCCCGAAAGGGGAAAUCAGCCUCAGCGUUCCGUCGCUGACGAACUCCGGGCCAUGUCGAGAACCACUGCAGCCAAAACGGCGAGCGAAGGAGGGUUGGUGAAAAGCAACAGCGUCCCUUGCAGCACGAGAAACGAUAGCGCCUCCGACGUCAAGCGCGCGGCGCCCAAGAGGCAGUCGGAUCCCAGCAUAAGAACACACGUCUACCAAGAUUUAGAGGAAAAGCUUCCCACCAAAAACAAACUGGAGAGCAGGUCGGUCCCUUCUCUAGUCAGCAUUCCCGCCGCCCCGGCUACCAAAUCCCCGAGCGCCGCGCCUCCGAGCAACGGCCUUCCGUCCGGGGUUCACUUCCCGCCUCAGGAUCAAAGAUCGCAGGGACAGUAUCCGCCGCUGAUGUUGGCGUCCAAAAGUCACGGGACGCCGCUGCCUUACGAACAGUACCCCAGAUGCGAUUCGCCCGUCGACGUGGGGUAUUACUCCAUGCUGAACGCGUACUCGAACCUCAGCCUCUCGGGGCCGCGGAGCCCCGAGAGGCGCUUCUCCUUAGACACGGAUUACCGAAUCAGCUCGGUGGCGUCCGACUGCAGCAGCGAAGGGAGCGUGAGCUGCGGGAGCAGCGACUCGUACGUGGGCUACAGCGACCGGUCUUACGUCAGCUCCCCCGACCCCCAGCUGGACGAGAACCUGAAAUGUCCACACCUGCACCCCCACGGCCACGGCCGCCUGACCUCCCAAGCCUUCCUCCAGACUUUCCACGACCCCUCGAUCCGAGCGCAGAGUUACGGGCACGAGGACCCCAAGCAUCACCCCAGCGGCCCUCCUCUCCCCUACAUGGCCGUGCCCCUCCAGCACCCGGCCGCGAGCGCCCGGUCCGGCUGCCCCGGCGACUACCCCCCGCCGCAGAGCUCGGCGCAGCCGAAGGCGCCGCAUCCCGGGAGGUCCCUGGCGUCCACCCGGAUGGACAGCGGGUCGGAUUCCCGCCUGUACGACGGCUCCCCGUCGAGGCAGAGCAAGCCCCGCGCCCGGCCCGACGGGCUCGGGGGCUGGGAGCGGCCCGGUUUCGGGCUGGACCCCUAUGGCUACCGUCAGACCUACUCCCUGCCGGAUAACCCCAGCCAGCCGUGUUACGAGCAGUUCGCCUUCCAGAGCUUGCCCGAGCAGCAGGACCCGACGUGGAGGAUACCCUACUGCGGCCCGCCGCCGGACCCGCCCCGCUACCAGGAUAACCGAGAGAAGGUGUACAUCAACCUGUGCAACAUCUUCCCGCCCGAUCUGGUGAGAGUCGUCAUGAAGAGGAAUCCCCACGUGACGGACGCUCAGCGGCUGGCGGCGGCCAUUUUGGUGGAGAAGUCCCAGCUGGGUUUCUGAGAGAGGCCGCAUCUCGGCGAUGUGCGUGGUCGUUUUCGGUUCAGCUCAAAGGCUGAGGGACGUUUGCUACAAUAGCAUUUGCGAUCUCCUUCUCGGCAAGGAGGUUAUACUAGUAAUCCAUUUAUGUGAAAUACUCUAUCGUGGGAUCUGUUUCUAUAGAGCCUCAAGCUUUGGAAAUAUCACGGGGUUGCUGUCCAUUCACACCCGACCCUUUUUUAAGAAGAGAACGUGGCCCUUUGUAAAACUAUAUUCGUGACUGGGUGGGCCGGGGUGGCGGGGCCGGGGGGGUUGACCGGUUGAGUAGAUAUAUCUGUGAUAUCUGAGACUAAUCUUUGGUGCAUCAGGGGUUUAUAUGCAGCACUUUUUAUCGGGUUUCAGUCUGAGGAACUCAAUUAGUAUUCGUCCAUCGUUUGCAAAGAAUAUCUGCAGAAAGUUGAGAGCGUUUCGGUUAGACCCAGAGGACUUUUUUUUUUUCCCAAGCCAAGCUUCCUUUGAACUUUUUACAAUGUUUUUAAGUUAUUUUAUUUGGGGGGAGGGGAGUGGGGAGGAGUGGGUUUCUCUGUAUUUUAACCGUUAUUUAUAGAAAACAGAGACUUCGGCACUGACUUGAUCUUUUAAAUGAAACGUACGUUACCGGUUUAUGUUGAGAUAGGUAACAAUAUAUCAGAAUGGUUUACAACAUGGCACUUUUCAUGGUUUCAUUUUGGGUCAUUUUUUAAUUUUGAAAUAGUUCUUUUAAUGUGUUUGGGGGAGAGCAGAUGCAAUCAAUGGAAAAGGAAUCUGUUUCCAUUUUUUUUUUUAGGUCAAGGCAAAAGCCUUUAAUGUUGCAGUUCCAACUGGCUCUUUAUUGGUGCACAGUCGAUAAAUGGAUAAAGUACCCAUUCCCCAAUAUUUACUUUUUUAAUCUAAUUAUUCUCAAUACAAGUUUUGUAUUUAAGGUACUGUUCGGUUUUCUUGCUAUUUAUCGAGGCCGGCCCGAGACAGUUCUGAGUGUUGAGGAUAUGCAACAUUUUACUGAUACUGCACUAUACCGGGUCGGUGGUAAAGCUGUAAAAUUCUAAACUAAGAGGGGGGUUUUUUUGUAAGAUACUGUAUAUUUUCUGGAAGGUAGCGUUUUCUGGCCUGUUGUAUUAUCACGGCCUGGUCCUUGCCACCGAUAGCGUAGUUUUAGAAACAGGCAGAAGCCUGUUCUAGUAUAUUAGUAAGGGACACUUUUGGUUUCAAAGUUUUGGGUUCUCCUAGCUGCUUGUGAAUAUUUUUAGAGGUUGGAAAGUCGGCUAGGCAGUCAGCCACGGGCAGCCGUUCGCCCGACAGAAUCUGGACAGUUGCCUGCCUUUUUUUCCGAAUUCCCUAUGAGCGUCCGAUCAAAGAGUCAAUCUCCCGAGAUUACCUGGAAGAUCUCCUAACUCACAGUGUUGUUGCCGAUUAGCCGACUAGCCGCAGUGCCAAGCGAGACCCUGAAGAACCAGAAUGUACCUUUUACCGUUGAUACAAAUUGUAUCUUUUUAACUAUUUUCAUUUGUAGGUCUAGUUAAAACACAAACGUGUAACUACAUUUGAUUAGACAUUUGGGCAACAUUUUAUCCCUUAUUUAAAUUUUUAAAAAAAAUGUAAGUAGAUUUGAGGUCUAGAGUAGGGUAGCCAAAAAAGUUCAGUAAUUUAUUUAGCUGAGUAAAGCGUCCGUCUCGAUUUCAUAUAAUAUAUAUUAAAAUGACUUUAUUGGCAAAUUUCUUCCUCCUAAGACCUAGCGAGUGUGAACUUGACUAAAAAUAAAGGUGAAAUGCUGCCUAAAAAUAAUGUCCAAGCACCUUUUAACUAGGAUAACAUUUUCCCUACUUUAUGUGACACUGUGUGUUACACCGAGUAGGAGUCGGGUAUACAGUAAAUGCUUCUAAAAAGCAUUGUGCUUAUUGACAUAGCCAAUAAUCUGAACCGUGUUCAGCAAACUUACUUCAGAAAGUGUUCCUCUCUGCAGCUUUGGCCGUUGUCCUCGAGGCAGGGUCGACAUUCACCCGUCUCCUGUGACGACGCGGCGGACGAUGCAAACGGGCCAUCUCGAGCGGUGCCGGGGAGGGGGGCAUCACUCACCCGUAGAAAUCUUUCGCGUCGAUUUGAUCGGUCGCUUCGUCGAACGCGUUUCACGGUAGAGGCUGAUUCAGUGCCAUUAACGGAGUUUCGCCUGUAGACGGUCCCGGUCUCAGUUUGAUCGCGAAGAUACCGUUUAUUUUUUUAAUUUGAUGGAAGCGGACUCUGCUACGUCAUAGCGUGGGGGGCCACUGUCCUUACUGGAGGUACGGUGAUUUGAUCCGGACUUUUUGUUUGCAGUUUUCGUCUUCGAUUAUAAAUCGUAGGAAGAUUUCGGCUAAGCUUUAAGGACUUCUCUGAGUGGGUUGUAGGAGUAAACGCACGUCACAUUUUCUAUUUGACACCCUGUUGUUUCUAGCAGGUUGACAAAACGCUUACUUGGGUCCUGACCGAAUCGUGCGAACCAUGAGAAGAGUAGUAAAAUCUACAGCUGAGGUGAAUAGAGAUGAGUUGCCCACAUUGAAUUCUUCAACUUUAAGUGAUGAAAGGCAGGUUUCUAGCUCGCCACCGCCUCAGGUCAAAUGGACAGUUCAUUUCGAUUUCAAGCGUCCAAGCUGUGGGGCAUACUUGCAGUACAGCUCGAUCUGGAUUAGCCGUGCAAAUAGGGGCGGAGGUAUUGUGGACAAAUGAAAUCCACGGAGAAUCCAAAACCUUCACUUUGGCCAAUGUUUCGGCCUACUUUCCCAUCGGAUCUUUCAUUUGAGUUGUCAGCAAAUAGAAGAAAGAUGACCAAGCAAGAGUAGAAGAAGAGGAUUGAUGAGGGGAGGAAGAAGCACAGAUGGAACCAUUAAUUGGAAAAUCCGUUUUUGAGUCAUCAAGGCCUGGUUGUUUUGUGAAUUGAUAUUGUACUUCCAGAUUUUCUAUCUUGGAGUACAAGAAAGGGCCUGGCUGGCCUUAAUAUUUCUAUAUAUACGUAAGUCCUGCCAGAAUUCAUUCUAUUUAACAUUCAGAGGAGAUAACCACAAACAUGCCUAUCCGCAGAACUUUUCAUCCUUUUUAAUGAAAUGCAUCAAUGCAAAUAAUUCAACUCUAAAAAAGAGUCAGGGUUUUGCUCUGCCUUUUUGCUUUUUUAAGAGGAUGAUUAUCGGGUGCCCUGUGGUGGGGGCUAUUUUGGCCUGCGAAGUAGCUGACCGAUACUGCCAAGAGAGGCAGGGUUAUCCGUGAAAGGACCGCCACCUGUCUCAGUAUUUUGAGAUUAUUAUGCUGCUCAUUUUAGUAGAUUGAAAACAACAAAAACAAUUUAAAUCUAUUGAACUGUGCUUAAGCAUCGUCACCGUUGGUGGGUACGUACUGAAAGACUAACGCGCGUUCAAAAGUGUAGCAAUGCACUUCAACUCUCCUGCAGUUUGGGGAUUUGCACAUUCCAGUUGUGUCGACUUGAGUGUUUUGGUCAGAGUCUGCCCUAGCAUGUAUUGCGUUUUUUAUUCCGUCACUAUAUUGGUCUUUUGGAUUCACCUGGAGUGCCCAACAAAACUGCAAUAGAUUCAGACAGAUAAGUAUUUUUCAGACUGUUCUAAUGGGAGUUCAUCUAAUGAGCCAUCUGGAACAGAACAAAUAUAGAGGAAAUACGUAAGCGAGAUGGAAGGGAAAAUCUUGGCCGUUAAUACCUGUUGGUAACUGAAAUGAAGAAAUCAAAGCUAAAGACUAAAUAUGAAGUAGCGUUGAAGGAAAAGAAUAGGUCUUAAGAAGGAAGGUGCAGGUGAAUUUUAGAUUAGACUGUCUUUCUCACGAGGGAAGAUCUGUGGAUCUUUAGGAGAGUUGAGAAAGAGAAGUGACUGAAUUUGGAAUGCCACCAAAAAAAAAAAAAGCACACCAAACAGUUGGACGUUACUUGUUCAGAUAUGUCAAGGGGUAUUCCACAGAUGCACUCGUGUUUAUCUUGACGGGUCUGGAGCAUCGUACGAAUGCACUGAUGGCGUUAGAAUGUGAAUGUGAAACCCCGGAGGGACAGGGACCAGGUCUAAUUUCCACCUCUGUGUUCUUUCCCAGCGCUUAGUACAGUGAUCUGCACACAGUGGCACUGAAUAAAUACCAUUACGGUCAUUAGAGUGACGGAGCAGCUAAGCUGCUCUUCUCCCCUCAGCUUUAAUGGACGUGUGUACCAAAAAAAAAGUUGGUUUUCAAUAAAUUAGACUGUCCUGAAUAUUUUCAAAGGGCUCCGUUGAAUCUCCUCGGUCCAACUCCUGUUGUUUUCUACUGUUUAGAGAUUUUGUCUUGAAAACCCCAUCUGUCUUAAGGGCAAAACAAUCCAUCCAUAUACUGUAGGUUUAUUCUCUAGGAUAGAUGGGACAAUGACUGUUGAGUCAGAAAUUGUAUGUGACUAGUCUAAUUGUAGGAAGAUAGAACUGAAGUGUAGCGUGCUAAGUGUGUGUAUAUGUUUGUGUGUACGUUUGUGUGUGUGUGUUUUCUAGACCACAGAAGCCACAUAUCUAGACUUUCUCUGUCUAGGCUUUUAGUAUAGAUUUCAUUUAGUCUUUUGGGGACUGUCCUCAGUGAAUCGUGCACUAAUGCAGUCAGUAAUUUUGAGGGCAUUAAAAGCACACAUAGGACAAAACAUGCUCAUUUGCGGGGCAUUGUAAACUGUAUGACAGCAGAUAAUAUUCUGUGCAUAAGACUAGAAAAUAGGUCUGUGUUGAUAUAACUAUCUACUUAAGUAAUUCUAAGUGUUUGCUGGUACUUCAGCUUUUAAACAGUGUUGAUUGUUUUUACAGGGAUCACUUGAAUCUUAUUUUUCUUUAAUAUUGCGUCAGUUGACCUGUUUGCAACUUAUCUUAAAAUCAACCUUGGAAGCUUUUCCCAAAUUUCCAUUCUGGGGGCGGGGGGAGGGGGUGAGAAUCGGUAACGUUUUGAGUUUUUAUCUAUUUGAGAAUGGAAAAUCUGUAUAUAUUUUAACCCAGUUUUACAGAAUUUAUGAAACUUUGCUCCUUAAUACACAGCCUACCCAAUUUUCCAUUUUUCUGCCCAGAUCUUUCAGACAAAUAAAAUUCAGUGCUUUUCAUUGAAACUGCAUGUCCUCUUUUGUAAGGCAGUUUGUUUCUCAGGGGAGAAAGUUUGUUGGGUUUUUUGUGUUUGGAGGGUGUGUGAGUGUGCGUGUGUGGCAAUGUCUUUCUUUUAUCCCAACUUUCAAAUUUUGCAACUGCCAAUCAGAGCACCCUGAAGAUGAAUUUGGAUCACGCGCACAGGGCAGGCCCAGAUUGACUUAUUUCAGAUUUGGUGACUCCUUUUCUUUUCCCCCUAGAAAUGUGUAAUUUUGGACUGGAAGGUAGAAUUUCCAUCAUCUUUCAACCUUCUCUUGUAGGAACAGUAGGUCAGAGGUUGUGAUGAGAUCGACAGGUAAUGUGAAUGUUAUUUUCUGUUCCGUACUAUUUGCCUGCCCUGUACUUUUUUUUUUGGUGAAUGGAUUAUUCACAUCUCCAAAAGCAGUAUUUAGACAUCAUGCAAAUUCUUAUCUAAACUGUUUGUGAUUCAGCUGUUACGAAGCAAUAUUAAAAGACGCAUACGUUUCCCUCA